AUGUGUUUUUGUGAUAACUAUGAAUAUGCUAUGCUCACAAUAUUCUUUAGAACUUUGACUAUGCAAGGACAUUUAGCAGUUACGUUGGCUGUAGCCUGGCUGGCCAUAUUGGUGCAUGGUCAACUGGACGGUGUUAAACAGACUGUGAUAUUUGAAAAAGGGGAGCUUGGCUACUUCUGUUUUAGGAUUCCUGUUCUUCAUCUGACCUCAAAGAACACUCUCCUUGCUUUUGCCGAGGGUAGAAAUACAAGCGGCUGUGCAGAUCAUGGCGAUGUACACAUUGUACUAAAGAGAAGUAUGGAUUACGGGGAAACCUGGUCCCCUCUUAUGGUUGUGCAUUCGGAGCCAUCUCACACAAUUGGAAACCCUGCUCCCGUUGAGGACAAAGGUACUGGGAACAUAGUGUUGGUCUGCAGUCGGGACAACAAAGAUGUACUACAGCUGGAGAGUACAGACGAUGGCGUCACUUGGGGUAACAUGGUGGACAUCACCACUAUGGUCAAACUGCCUAUAUGGACCUUUAUCGCUAGUGGGCCUUCGGAUGGACUUCAGCUUCCCUCUGGCAGAUUCCUCAUAUGUAUGUAUGGAUAUGUCAAGUCAUUUGGUGGUGGUCCAGGAUCUUACUCAAUAUUUUCAGACGAUGGAGGCAAGAAUUGGAUCAUGUCAGUACCAACAAGCGAUGUUACCUCAGGGGAGUGUCAGGUGGUACCGCUAGAUAUCUAUGACAACCCGUCUCGUAACAACACCAAACUGUUGAUGUACAUGAGAACAAGCAGUGGAAUAAGAACAUUUGGGUACAGCAAUGACAGUGGCGAGUCAUGGCACAACAUGUCGCAACCUAAAAGCCUUAACCCGCAGACGUCUGUUCAAGGUGCUGUGCUUGCAGUAACCUAUGUUGGAGUAAAAUUUAACACACACCUAUACGUCUCACAACCAUACGCUCUAGGCCGAACUAACAUGACAAUUUUCUACUCUUCCGAUGGGGGAUACGAUUGGAAAGAUGCCUAUCAACUCUGGAAGGGACCUUCUGCAUAUUCGAGCAUGGUCAAGCACCAUGAUGCUGCUAUGAUCUACUGCCUGUAUGAGAAAGGAGACAUUUACUAUUGGGAAACUCUUACUCUAGCUGUUUUUUCAACCCUCAUUUGAACAGUGAACCCAUCAGUGUCAGUGUUAACUUCUGUUUUAUCUCUGCACAAUAAUAUUGUUGUGGUGAAAAAUGACCUAAAUACAUAAUUAUACCGAUAA